AUGUCUCAAGCUAGAGCGAGGUCAUUCGAAAUGGUGAAAUCUCUAAAUUAUCUCUAUAAGGUAUGCAAUGGUACAAGUGCUUCACGCAGUUAUUUCUCAAUUAGUUUCUUCAAAGCCCUUUCUUUUGUUAAAAGCUUUAGCACUCUCAAUUCUGCGGCUGCCGAUGAGAGCUUUCAUUUCCGAAACCCUAACGAGUUUCCAGCUAAUGUCAAAAACUCAAGUGGAUAUGGUAAUUAUUGGUCAAUUAGAGACAGUAAUAAUCAAUUUGACCAAAACCCUGAUAGGGUUUAUAGAAAAAAUCCCUUGGUUGUCCAGAAAAAACCUAACUGUGAUCGAAAUUAUGAGAAUAAGAUAUUGGAACAGAGUUCAAAUACGUUAUAUGAAGAAGGUAGAAAUGUCCAGAGUUCAUAUUGGAUGAAUAGUGGAGUAUCAAAAGAAGUUAUAGGAGGUGGAAAUGAUCAAUAUCGAAAAUAUAAUGGAAUUGUUCAAGGAAAUCAAGGUAAUUAUAACAUGGGUAAAGAUGGUUUACAUCGACAGUGCCAAUAUAACAUCAAUGGAUCUUAUGGUGGUAAUGCUUCAAGUACUCAACAGAGUAGUGGCUUGGUAAAUUAUGAAGUGCCAAUUGACUCUCAACCUAACGAAAAUUUAUAUGAACCUGGUGAGGAAAAGCAACUACUUGGCACGAUUGAGGAGCUUAAUGCUUUCUGCAAGGAACAGAAAUUGAAGGAAGCUGUGGAGGUUUUGCGUAUGCUUGAGCUGAAGAAAGUAACAGUUGAAAUGCCUGGAUAUCUAUUCUUGAUGAAAGCAUGCGGAGAAACUCAGGCACUUAAAGAAGCUAAACAAGUCCAUAACCACCUCACAAGGUCAGUACAUCAUCUUGAUGUUCACAUUUGCAACAAAAUCUUGGAAAUGUAUUCGAAAUGUGGUUCCAUGGAAGACGCAUAUAAGGUGUUCGAUAAAAUGCCCCAAAGAAAUCUUACUUCUUGGGACACAAUGAUAACAUGGCUUGCUAAAAACGGCCAUGGAGAAGACGCACUCGAAAUGUUCACCGAGUUCAAAAAGAUCGGAUUAAAACCCGAUAAUCAGAUGUUUGAUGGUGUUUUUGCUGCAUGUAGUGUCGUAGGAGACAUGAAAGAAGGGCUAUUACACUUUGAAUCAAUGACUAAAAAUUACAAUCUUGUUCUAUUUAUGGAUGAUUAUGCAAGUGUAGUCGAUAUGCUCGGGAGUUCAGGGUACUUAAAUGAAGCAUUGGAAUUCAUAGAAAAGAUGCCCAUGAACCCAAGUGUAGAAAUUUGGGAAAUUAUGAUGAAUCAAUCUAGGGUUUAUGGUGAUUUAGAACUCGAAGAUCGUUGUGCUAAGAUUGUAAACUUUCUAGACCCUUCUCAUUUAGAUAAACAAUCAGAGAAAGGCUUGAUACCAAUAAAGCCUUCGGAUAUUGCAAAAGAAAAAAAUAAAUCAGCACCAUUAAAUCUCCUAGAAAUCAAAGCCAAAACUUUUCAGUUUAGGGCUGGGGAUACAUCUCAAGCUGAUCAUGAGAAGUUAUACAGUCAACUUAGGUGUCUAAAACAACACAUGAUAGAAGUCGGGUAUGUGGCACAGACUAGAUUUGUACUCCAUGAUUUAGACCAUGAAAGUAGAGAAGAAGCUCUUUUAUCACAUAGUGAAAGACUUGCUUUAUCUCAAGCUCUUUUGACUAGUCCACCCCGUGCAACAAUACGGAUAAUGAAAAAUCUUCGUGUUUGUGGUGAUUGCCAUGAGGCUCUCAAGAUUAUUUCAAAGCUGGUUGGAAGAUUAAUCGUUGCACGUGAUGCAAAGAGGUUUCAUCAUUUUGAAAAUGGAGUAUGUUCUUGUAAUGAUUAUUGGUGA